AUGGUAAGUGGGAUAUAAUGGAUAACCGACUUUUUUUUAGAGUUCGAGUCAUGUUACGCACACCACGGGGGUCGCAUCUUCCAGCAAUUUAUCUGCCGUUAGGGCUCUGCAAAUGGAACUGAAGAGUCUCCAAAACUCCCCAGUGGAAGGAUUCACCGUGCAAGUGGACGAACAGAAUCUCUUCAAAUGGACUGUGGCCAUCUUCGGACCGCCUGGGACUUUGUAUCAAGGUGGAUACUUCAAGGCCUCGAUCAAGUUCCCCAACAAUUAUCCCUAUUCUCCCCCUUCCAUUCGGUUCCUGUCCAAAGUCUGGCAUCCAAACGUCUACGAAGUGAGUUGUUACCAAAUGUUAUUUUUACUAUAUCUUAGAACGGUGAGCUCUGCAUUAGCAUUCUCCAUCCUCCAGUGGAUGAUCCUCAGAGUGGAGAACAGGCUUGUGAAAGAUGGAAUCCAACCCAGAGUGUACGGACUGUCCUCUUGUCUGUAAUCUCCCUCUUGAAUGAACCCAACACUUCAUCUCCUGCUAAUGUGGAUGCCUCAGUUAUGUACAGAAAAUGGAAGGAAAGUAAUGGAAAAGAGGAUGAGUAUGUCAAGAUCAUCAAGUAGGUUUCUUCCUUAUUUUAAGCGUAACUGUUAUAGACGGUUAAGUUUAUUAUUUGCCUUUUAGAAAACAAAUCGAGCUGAGCAAGGAAGAAGCCGCGAAAGAUGGAGUCAAGGUUCCGGAAACCGUAGAAGAGUAUUGUGUGAAGGCAUCCGAACACAAGAACGAUGAUGUGGACGUUCUCGACUUUGAUGAUGAUUACUACGAUUACGGGGCUGACUCUGAUGACGAUGAUUUUGAAGACCACGAUGAGGACAGUGGCCAAGGAGAAAGUUAA